CCUGUCUGCCCAUCACUCUCACAAUCGCUCUCAGGGACCGAUGAGGAAGAAACGUCAGGCACCCGUACAGCAACCUCCACCGCGUCUUCUUCUCAACACAGUUUUUCCUCUGCAAGCGAAAGAGAAAAAACCCAGAUACAACAUGUAGCGGCAUUUCACAGUGGCUGAUGAUAAAAAGGUCAAGAUACAGUGGGAGAAGUUGAGUAAGGAAAGAGGAAGAGACAUUCGAGAAAGAAUACAACAAAUUGUCAGCCUUCUCCUGUUUGUAUUGUUUUCUCCCCCUCUGGACAUCCUUUCAACUUUUUUUUUACAACUAUGAGCCGAAUUUAUAACCUAAAGACUGUGGCUUCCCGAACAUCGCCGUCUGUAGCAGAGGGGAAGCCUGAAGCUCAGUUGCUCAGUUUGAAGAUAAGGCAACGAGAACACCACGCACAGACGUACGACUCAGAGCCACAGCAGCCACAAGGUCAACUGCGUAGUCAGAUGAUCAGGAUACAGCUUGAAAAGCAACAGCUGGAAAUGAAACUAAAUCAACUCUAUAGUCAGGAGGCCCACGAAGAACCAACAGCCAAACAACCUGUACAGAAACAGCUUAGACCAUUGCAGUUAAAGGAACAGGAAUGCAACAGGACACCACAACUGACACACUGCCACCAAAACAUACAACAACAAGACCAUGAUCCACACAAACAGAUGGCACAGCCAAAGGAUGAGGAAAUAUGCAACGCACAGGAAAGUGUACAGCCCUUACAACAGCGCUAUGCCAACCAAAGAACCCCACUAAAGCUGAACCAACUAAAUCAGUCAAAUUCUCGCUCAUCCUUUACCAUCAAUCCUAGAUCUUGUCCCUCUCCUGAGAAACCUCCAAAGAACCUAGAAUGGAGUCUCACUGCUCCACCUCCAUCUGCCUCUCUUUCUAUCACACCCUCCCAAUCCCCCUCUCUUCCCCCUUUCUCUCUCAGGAAUUCAGCAGCAGUGCAGGGCAAGAGGGGAAACACCAUCACCAUUAACCCCAGAAAAUCAGGCACAGGUCCGGCUUCACUGAUCUCUCCAGGAGUAAAGGAAUUAUGUCCCUCAGCGUCCAGUGCCACCCCGCAUGUCACAGAAGAGAAGGGAAAGAAGAGAUAUCCAACAGUGGAAGCGAUAGAGGUCAUUGGGGGUUAUCAGAUUAUGGAGAAAUCAUGCUUGGCCAAAGGCAGUGGGACUCAAAAAACAGUGAAGGUUUCUUUUGAUGAGCUACAGCUGGAUCGAGUAUUUGAGUACCCAUCUGAAAGCUCUCUGCUGGACUCCUUCCCCUCUCCCCCUCUGCAAGGCCCUGAGACAGAGGAGGGGAAAGAAGCAGAGGAGGAGGAGGACGAAGAAGACAGGGAAGAGAAAGGAGUAUUUUUGUUGAGAAGCAGCAGACCUGCCAUGGCUGGAGUAGGCAGAGUGCUGACAGUGGAUGAAUCAUGCCACCAAUAGAAGCCAAAGGACAUUUGUUUUCAAAUAAUCAUAUUCUUAAAGAUAUGUGGUUCAAAUAAUUGGUAUACAUUUACAGUGUUUACAUAGCUAGAUUUAAAUUUGCCGUAUUAAAAAAUACCUUGGUGUUCACUUUCAUGUUAAUAAUGAAGGAAUUUAAAUGCACAUUUUUACACGUAUGUCCUGUAAAUGCUUGAAAAUGAAGUUAGCUGAAUAGCUACACAAAUACUUAAAAUGUUCAUGUUUACAAUUUAUCGUAAAGGUGAUUACAUUCAUUUUUAUUCUUUAACAAAAGUAAACCAUACCACAACUCUUGAUUUUAUUCUGUGAUUUCUAAAGCAAUAAAGCAGGCUUCAUUGAAUUUCUAAAUACCUUACUGCCUUUUAAACAUCAGGGACAGCAGAUUAAAACUAGCCUUUCAGGCUAACUCUGGCUCAUUUACAGAUUGACUGUUGAUUGGUGUGCAUUGUCCCGGAAAAAUAAACCAAUAAAAUAAAAAAUAUUGCCA